CACAGUAGGGUGAAUAAAGCGUCUGUAUACUUAUCCAGGUUAUUGGUCGCAGCCCUGAUCACUUCCCAGUCUGUGGUCUUCAUACAGAUGUACCUCAGAGGAACUUUGCUAUUUGCGGGCAACGUUUUCUCUGAGCAUGGCUGCUUUAUCAGGAGUCUGGAGAAGCAAAUUUCCAAAAGUAGGCGAGACCACAGGUCUGGUCUGACCCUCUCUGCUUAGUGAUGCUGUCCCCACCAUGCAGCUGUGCAGGCUACAGAGAGGAACCAACCCGCCAACAGCGACAUUUAAAUUACACAUGGAUUGGUGGGAAACUGACACACAAUACUACAGCUUACCAACAUUUUCUUUUCUCUUGCUACAGCAUUGCCUUGCCUGAACGUUUUCAAACGUGUGCUCUAAACAAACUCCAUGGUGUUACAACGCCAUCUGCUGGCUGUUGGGGCUCGUUGCAAUUGGAGUUUUUAACUUGAAAUGUACACAUUUUAAAUGCGUAGGGAAAUACUUUUGGGUUUUAAUAAAUCAGUGUGAAAUCUGUGGAUCUCUAGUCGACACACUUGAAGAGCACUUAGGUCAGGCAAAAAUAACAGCUAUUUUUUAAGACAUCAUAGAAUGUAUAGUUCUUGUACAGUACUUCAAGCAAACAAAUGUAUUCUGCAUUAAUUUAAACCAGCACUUUACUAAUGCUGGCCAUGAAGACCAUCAUUCAUUUCUCAUCAGGGACUCACCUGAGCCACCUACCACUUAACUUUCAACAUCCAUGAUACCAAGAACAACUUAAAAAUGACUUUACUGAGCAGCUUCUCAAUGUAAUCAGACUGUAGUGCUGCAGAGGUCUCUGGUUCAAAUCCCAAUGACACCUUUCAAAUGUUUGCAGAUCAGCUCAGUUAAAAUUUCUUCAAGUGCCAAAACACUGGCAUGUGGAUUGCUUAGUGUUUACAGUGUUGUAUAGUGUUCCCAUAUAAACACUAUUUUAUUUGGGAGCUGAGUUGUGUAACUGAUGCAUUAUGUCAUUGUGCAAGGCAUCAUUUGCUCUGUCACAGGAAGUCUGUUGACAGGAGAUAUGAAGUAGAAGCUGGUCCUUGGGUGCACCUGAGUUCUAUAUUGUUGUCUGCCUCCAAGUCAGCUUUUAAUGAAUAUGUAUCCAGCUUUUAAUUAGACGAUGGCAAGAACUGCCUGGACCGAGGCGGUUGUCCACCGCUGUCUGGCGUCAUGACGACAUUGUGUCUUCCCCCAGUCAUCGGACACGUUUGCAGAUUACUCAACCUGUGGACUCACAUGACACAUGUCAUCCUGUUGUCAGCAUGAUGAAAACAAUAGUUGUCACAUUCGUGCAUCUGCUUCCCCAUUAUGUCCCACAUUUCACAUGUACAGUUCCAAUAAGUGUCAGACAUUAUGCGAACCUAGUGCAGCAGGUGUGCAGGUGUGCGCACGUGCGCACAGGUGCUCGGCGCAACGUCACAGCUACGCAUUAAAGGCAGACUUGACAUUAAAGAGUGACGUAUGACGCUUGCUGCUUUGAUGUGGACUGUGCUUUGGCGCCAUCUGACGGAUAUAUGUGCAGCACAAGCGCCCCAGGCAUUUCAGUCUGUCGGAAGAGCCGGACCCGUUUGGAUGCACCGCCAAAAGGAGGACUUUUAACCCACACCGAACAAUCGAAACAAGGAUUAAAAAAGCCGACGUCGGACUUGGCGACGACUUUGGAUGACUCUGUUCACAGAGCAAUUUUUCCCGAGUGAUUUUUGAAUCCUGACGACGGUUACACAGCGAAGAUGAACGCUUCAACAGGGAUCCGAAAGCCGCCUCUGGCCCCUAAACCAAAGGUUGUCCCGCCUCUUAAGCCGGGGUUUCCUCCCGUAAUGCAGAGAAGAGAAGGCCUCUCAGAGCAAAGACCUGGUUCACCUGAGAAGGUUAAACCAGCUCUGGCCCUGAAACCGUGUCUUGCCAAGCUGGCUGCCCUAGGAUGCCAUAGUCCUGUCACUCCGAAGAGUCUCCACCUACUUGCAGUGACUCCUAAGACUGCGGGGAUCCUCAACUCCCAAAAUAGAACGCAACAGGAAAACAAAAGGCCAAACUGGGAUUAUAUCAUUCCGAUAUGUCUUUGUAGCAACCCAAAUUGCAUGUGCAUCUGGAGUGCGCACUCGAUCCACCUUGACAAGAAGGUUAAGGACUUCAAAUCAGAUCCACAGGUCAAAGACAGAGACUGUAGGAUAUCAAGCACAGAUGUGGAAGCUGGUGACAAGAAUGCUGAGAACCAUGAAGAGAAGACAACUUCAGCAAGCAGCCACACAACAAACCAUCAGCCUCCUCACAGCCACAACUUCAAGACAAACAUUGAUACCUCAAGAACCAUUCAUUUCACUGCCUCUUCUCCUCAAGGUGUGUCCAACUGUGCCAGGACUGCAAAAGUGCCACAAGAAGAUGCUUGUAUUCCUGCGCUGGCAGCCAUUCUUCCUGAGCCCAAAUUUGCCUCCACAGCCCUAGAGAAACCUGGUCCCUCACCAUCGACACCAAAGAAGACCUUGUUGACCAGUCAACAGGAGGCUGUGGAACAGAAAGAGUUGGUGAGUCAGAGCGGAGAGUGGAAGAAAGGAGAGACAGAAAGUGUAUCCUCAUCUGACAGCGAAUGGAGGCUAUCACAAUUUUUGUCUGCCAAAACAUCGUCUCCACCACCUAAGAAAAAGUUGUUCCUGUCCACGCCUGAGCAGAUGCCUGCCUCUGCUAUCCCAGCUGACGUGGUGGAAGAAGACCUGGGCUGGGACUGUAACCCAUACGAGAUGGAGGUGUCAGUGGAUGCAGAGGAAGUGUUUAGUGAAGAAAAGGAAGGAUAUUACGAGCUUGGGUGUUCUUCUUCCAGUGGUUUGACACUGGAGUUCAACCUGCCGUCUGCAGAAAGGGGGGACGUGAAGGCAGUGCUGAAGGAGCCUCAGAGAUGUAGCAGCCCGAUGGCAUGGCGCCUGCAGACCAAACAGAAAGACCAACAACAAGGGAGAGCGAAGAUGCACCUGGAUGGUAUUUUCCAGGAGAGGGUGAGGGGACUGUCUUUUCCUCCAUGUGAGGAAACAAGAGUGUAUGAAGAUCCAGGACCUGGUAAACGCUCUCGCUUCCACUUUGCUAAGAGGAGACCCAAGUCGUUUUCUGGUGCUGACUUGACAAAGACAGGACAAAGAGCAACUACUUUCAGAAAGCUGCUGGACCUAAGAUUGUCACUGCUGCCGAGGUUUCGGAGCAAAGCUGUCCACAAGAUGCCAGUGAGCCACCCUGCUGGUCAUGAUCGGCCCUGCAGCUCACCUGAGCAACUCAGAUCUGAGCGCAAAUACUCCUGCCCCCUCGUUGGAGUGGAACAAAGUGUUGAUGGAGAUGAAUUCUCCUUCUCUACUGAGCCAAGCCACAGCUAUGAGAACGUGGCUGUUUAUGAAGAGAUACGGGACUAUGACCUCAUGACUGGUGGGAUGAAGGAUAGCUCACAUUCACCCCCACUGACGGCAGCCUGGCUAAGGAGGACGGAGGAUGACGAUGAAGGCAUUUAUGAGGAGCCAGAGCCGUCCAUGUCGCUACAGGAGACCUCUGCCAACCAGCACCUAGAUGAGCCUUUUGACAGAAAAUCUGCUGAGCUUGCAGUUGGACAUGGAGGUCCAUCAGAUGACGACACCAUCGAGCAAACCUCAGAUGAAGGAGACGAUAGCAGCUCUUUUUCCAGUUCAGAGCGGACUCCGACACCGGACAGACCAAAGAAGAAUAAGAUCCAACACAUCGUCACCGAAAUCAUGAGCUCAGAAGCUGUGUUCGUCGAUGUCCUGAAGCUACUUCAUGUAGACUUCCGCGACGCAGUCUCCAGAGCCUCGCAGCAAAGUGGCAAGCCAGUGAUCGAGGAUCGCCUGCUCAAUCAGAUCUUGUACUCGCUUCCUCAGCUCUACGAGCUGAACCAGGAUCUACUCCGAGAGCUGGAGAGCCGAGUGGCCGCAUGGGAUGAGAAUUCCCAGCUGGCCGACAUCUUCCUGCAGAAAGGACCUUACCUGAAAAUGUACUCGACUUACAUCCAAGAGUUUGAAAAGAAUGUGGCUCUACUGGAGGAGCAGACUGGAAAGAACAAGGCAUUCGGAGCUGUGGUGCGAGGAUUUGAGGCCAGUCCACGGUGUGCCAGCUUCGCUUUGAAACACUACCUCCUCAAACCAGUGCAGAGGAUUCCGCAAUACCAGCUGCUUCUCAGAGAGUAUUUAAAAAACCUACCUCCAGACUCUGUUGAGCACAAGAACGCAGAAGCGGCUCUGCAAGUCGUCAAGAAUGUAGCAGACCAUGCCAAUGACAUCAUGAAACAAGGGGAUAACUUCCAGAAGAUGAUCCAGGUGCAGUGCAGCCUCACAGGUGGUCAUGUGAUCCUCGAGCCGGGCCGGCUCUUUGUCAAAGAGGGCACCCUGAAGAAACUGUCCCGCAAAGGCAUGCAGCCCCGAACGCUCUUCCUGUUCAACGACACCCUGCUGUAUACUACUCCAGCUAAGUUGGGCCAGUACAGACUGAACAAGGUGCUGUCCCUGGCUGGGAUGAAGGUCAGCAAGCCCAGUCAGGAGGCCUAUCAGAACGAGCUGAUUAUCGAGAGUGUGGAGCGCUCCUUCAUUUUCUCAGCCAGCUCAGCAGCGGAGCGGGAUGAGUGGCUGGAGACCAUUUCCACAGCCAUCAGCGAGUACACCAAGAGGAAGAUCACUUUCAUCACCGGGAAGAUUUCAGAGGAGGUGGAAUUUGGAGAGAAUGACAAUGGAUGUGCGCUGGGUUCCAAAGCUCCAAUAUGGAUCCCGGAUAUCCGUGCCACCAUGUGCAUGAUCUGCACUUGUGAGUUCACCCUGAUGUGGAGGAGGCACCACUGUAGAGCCUGUGGAAAGGUGGUGUGUAAGUCCUGCUCCUCCAACAAGCACUGUCUGGAGUAUAUGAAGAACCAGGCGGCAAGAGUGUGUGACCGCUGUUUCAUUGCUCUGAAUCAGCCAAAAUGUGAGGCAUGUGUGUCUCCUGUCUCUCCAAGCAAGGCCGCCUUUACAUUCAGGAGGCAGAAGAAGAUCCCCGCGGCCCUCAAAGAGACAACAGGGAACAUUUGUGUCGGCAAACACAGGCAACUCCUCCAUCAGUGGAUAUCUUCUGAGGUCAAAGGGCAACAAGAAGCAGUGGAAGCGGUUGUGGUUUGUCAUCAAAGACAAAGUCCUGUACACGUACGCCGCCAGCGAGGACGUUGCAGCUUUGGAGAGCCAGCCUCUUUUGGGCUUCAGCUUGAAGGAAGACCCUGCUCAGGAGUUCGGGUUCAGACUCUACCACAAAGACACGCUUUUCUACUCAUUUAAAGUUGAGGACCAGCAAAUUGCUCAGAGGUGGAUUGAGGCCUUCAAAGAGUCUACGGUGCUUUAAUGGGAUUUUUUUUACACCUUUUUUUUACCUCAUUUUUGUUGAGUACAUUAACAAAUGGACUGACGAGCUCUAUAUAUUAAAAGUGCAUAGUGAAAUGUUCUGUCUGAUGUAAUAAUACUGUGAAUUUUUCUGACUGUGUUACUUGAGUUAAUUUUGUAUAUUGUUUUACCUUUUGGUAUGACUUUCCAUGGACGUUGUUAAAGAAAAUAUUUGUAAGGAUUUAGCACCUUCAUUGACGAUGCACUUUGUUUUGUAAGAUUUUUGCUAGUUUUUGCUAAGCUAGUUUGUGAACACAUUUUGCACAGCUUAAAUAUUUGUAUGCUGGUCGUGCUACACAUGUAUAUAGAGAAUGUGACCUGUGGUUUCAUUUAUUUUCCUUUAAAUACGCACUGUUCUUAGCAAUAAAGAAGUUUAUUACUACUAUUUGAACUAAAGAUUGGUGUUUUCUGGUAUUAUUGUUAAAGCUGAGCGGUAUGGUAGCUGUCAGAUUCCCAUGUCAUAUGAAGCUAGAGACAUUAUUGUACACUGGAUUAAUUCUGCUGUUUACUU